AUGAAGCUGCUUUUCGCCGUCACCACGCUUUUUGCUGCGUCCGCUGUCGCAAAAUAUACCCCCGGUCAAGAAUGCCGCACCAACAAAGGAUGUGACGAAAAUUGUCUAGGAGGCAAAUGGGCCGUCGUGAUGAAGGCAGGUGACGCGCGGAUGGUCUGCAAUCCUAGCACGCUUGAUUCGACACGGUAUGUUCGUGCCUGGUGUACAGGUAUUGACAUACCAGAAACGAACGCCCAAAAGCGAAAGGUUGUUUGCGACAGCAUGAAAGGAACUAUUUGCGAUAGGCAAUGUUUUUUGGAAACUCCAGCAUCGAAGGAGGAUGAUCUGACCACCCGCUUCGAGAAGGCGUGCGCGGAACAGAAGGACUCGAACGGUGAUUCAUGCGAUGCGCUGGUCUUUGUGUAUCCUACGAAGGAACUGGGCGUGCAGGGUACUGAUGGGAAAUGUGAUGUGUCUGUGUUUUCCUAG